UCGCGAUGUCGCGGAUGCGAUUCGCACGCCAGUGCAAAUUGGGGAUUGCGUCGGACGGUGCCACGAGGUUAUGUCUGAUCGCGUCGUGAUCGGUGCCAUGUACACGCACCGCGUACAUCAAUGUGAAUUACUAAAUUAAGAAAUUACUCCCCCCUAAUGUUGAGGUGGAACCGACGGGCUCUCAUAUCGCUCGACGUGUCGGCCGGCUGGGAACGUGUCCGCCGAGAGAUACGAGAUAACACACGCAGGGAGGGAGAUAGAGAGGAGUAGCUGGGCUCUAAUGUCAGUUAUCGGAGACGCAAGAUGCAGCGGCUAGAAAUAACAGGGAUUAUACUGUGCCUACUCAACGUUCUAAUGAUAGACUGGAGCAGCGCAGGUGUAAUAGGCCACAAGAAUUCGCCCCAAGGUCUGAUGUUGCUGGGCGGCCAGAGCCUGUACAACGCCAGUGACGACGUGGUGAUACUCAAUGCCACCAAUUUCAAGUCCCACGUUUACGGGAGCGCCAGAAGCUGGCUGGUCGAGUUCUACAAUAGCUGGUGCGGCUUUUGUUACAGAUUCGCGCCGACGUGGAAGGCUUUGGCCAGCGACGUUCUACCCUGGAGCGAUAUCGUCGUAGUCGCGGCUAUAGAUUGCGCCGAUGACGACAACAAUCCAAUCUGCCGCGAGUACGAAAUCAUGCACUAUCCAAUGCUGAAAUAUUUCUCUAUAAAUGCACACCCGCCGUCCUUGGGUAUAGCAAUAGAAAAGGGGGACAGCGUCGACUCGGUCAGGCAUAAUUUAAUUAGCAGGCUCGAGACGGAGCAACAGGAAGGACGAGGCUCUACGUGGCCUAACAUCGCACCGUAUAGGAACGUCGAAAUAACGGAUAUUUGGAAGACAGUGCCCAGCCACGUGAAGCACUUCUUCCUGAUCUUCGAGGCCACGGAUUCGCACUUGGGCGCCGAAGUCAUUCUUGAUCUCCACAAAGUCAGCAGCUUGCAGAUACGCAGGGUGACCUCCGACAACGAGCUACUGUGCCUGAUGAACAAGGUCACCAAGUUCCCAACCUUGAUAGCUUACGGGCGCAACGAGUCGCAGAGGGUCGUCACCGUGCGAAUACCGACGAGGCAGGGUGUGCGACGAGCUAUCAAGGAUUACGCGAUCGCGAGGGGAGUGAACGUCGACGAGGCGAGCACGACGGUGCAGAGUGCGGAGAACACGCGUCGAACGACGGUCGUGAGGGGCCGCGAAGUCGUGGAGGAGCAGCUGCAAUCGUCAACGAGGACCGACGAUUACGUGUACCAACUCGACCUGGAGAGCGCGCUGCGCUACUCGAUCAAUCACGAGAUACCGAUGAUGAAGUCGAUAGACGGCGACAGGAUGAAGGCGUUGCAGAAGUAUCUCGCGGUGUUGGCGGCGUAUUUUCCUCUGCGACGUGGCAACGCCUAUCUGGAGGUGAUACGCGACGUCGUCGAGAAGAAGAGCGCGAUGACCGGCGAGGAGUUCAGUCAGCUGGCGAAGACGACGGAGGAGGAGCUGUCGCCAGUGUACUCGGGCGCGCCCCGCCAGUGGAUAGGAUGCAAGGGGAGCACGGACUCGUACCGCGGCUAUCCCUGCGGACUGUGGACCAUGUUUCACACGUUGACCGUCAAUUUCGCGCUGGAGCACGACAAGGCGCUCGUCCAGCCUCUCUCGCGGGACCCCACGCAGGUGCUGCGAGCGAUGCACGGCUACAUCGGGACCUUCUUCGGUUGCGCCGACUGCGCCGCGCACUUUGUCGAGAUGGCCGACAAGAAAAGGAUGUUCGACGUGCGCACCAAGAACGACGCCGUGCUCUGGCUGUGGCAAGCGCACAAUCUGGUGAACACACGGUUGUCGGGCGACAAUACGGAGGACCCGGAGCACAGGAAGAUGCAGUAUCCCGCGGCCGAGCACUGCCCGGCGUGUAGAUACGCCGACAACCGCUGGAACGAGGAGGAGGUUUUUCGAUACCUCACGAGCAAGUACGGCAGUAGCAGCAUCAAGCUCGACGGGAUCAACAGUUCCGACGACGUGGGCAUGACCAACGGCAACGGCUCGAGAGUCAGGCCCGAGAGACUGGCCAAGGAGACGAAGCGCGCCACGGCUUUCGGCUGGGACUUGAACGUCUUUGAUAUCAGCAUCUGCGUCGUGCUGUACGUCACCUCGGCCGCGAUACUCGUGCUCGUAUGCAUCAAGUUCGCCGUUAAGAGGACAUAUAAGAAAAAGGGUCACGCUAGUUUGUUGCCCAAGGUAUAAUCUUCCGUCUUACGUUCGUGCAGUCCACGCACGCAAUCGCCUAACAUUCCUGGCUCGGCGAGUAAAACACUCGGGCACUUGGGUUCCACUUGGCAGAACAAAAUCUCAAAUCUUUAGGUUGUGAUAUCUUCCAGCUGUAACGGAUCGUUCCGGCGGGAUGGCGAAAGUCGCAUUUGCAUUUCGGCGGAUUGCAGUUGGAGAAGCUUUUUGCGUUAAACCAGUUAACGCCAGUAGCAAAACGAUAGUAACCAACAAAUCAAAACUACUCUAAAUGAAUCGGAAAACAUUCGCUCGACUCCAAGUGAGGAAUCGGACGACGUUUUGCGGAUUGUCAAUUAAAGUUUUUCUACUGGCAAAAGCAGCAUGCAUUUUGUACAGAAAACGGGGAUCAAUGAUAUAUUCUUUCGCGAGUUGGCUUUUUUUUAAGUAAAGAUUGAAUUGCAGAAUAGUUGUGGUUUAAGUGUUCUUGAACUCGCGAUCUUGCUUUGUAACAUUCGCCUCAAACUCGUCCAAAGAAUAUAUCUUCAUUAUCGAUUUAUACGAGAUUAUUUCUACUUAGGGAUUCGUGUCAUCUUGCGAAAGAUGUAGAUGUAUGGCUGAUAAUAUAUACAGGUGACAAAAUAAGAACGGAUCAAGUAAAACAUUCAAUUAUUUAACGUCGCUGUACACGCGGAAUAACGUUCUCGUCUUGCUGUGGCGCGUCAGAGAAUGCAUUUAUGUAAUCCUGGUGAAACCGUGAUCAAAGAUAAUAUGAUACACACCGCAAGUGUUUGGCGCUUCUUUACCUCACGGCAGGCGCGACGCGACUGAAAUGAUUUUCCGUCGGAAUUAUUAUUAUUAUGUAUUGUAUCAAAAACUCUAAACGGUAUAAAAUCACGAUGCGAUCAAACAGUUACCAGAAGAUAUCGAAAGAUGGUAAUCUAUUUUAUUCCACAGCAACAGGCUUCCCGAAAUGUUUGCGUACGCCUUUCUUUGGCAUUUUUUAUACAAUCGUUCUUUUACAUGAAAAACUAUACCGUUUAGGGUAAACCGGCAGGUAUUCAGAUGAAAAGAAUCGUAUAUAAUAGUAACUGUUGAUAUUUAACUAGAUAUUAAGCAAUCGAGAUGUUGAAUCGCGAACUUGGGUGAUCCGAGAGAUUAUAUAAAAAGAUACGGUUGUGAUUUAAGUCACAAAUAUCUGCACGCCGAUGAAAGUCGAUCCUUUAAUUUGUAAAUACGCACCCAGACAAAAUUAUCCCUACUGAUUAUGUAUACUAUAAGCCGUUGUCUUUCUUAUGUACAGUUUUCUAAUAAAAUGUAAUGUACAAUUAAAUGUAUAACUAUACAAUUAAAUACUUCGCAGUGUUUCAAAACAGUAACGAGUGAUACGCUUUAUAAAUACUUCAAAUCAAAGCUUUCUCCAGAAAAUAUAUAUGAAGCAUUAAACAAUUAAGAUCAGGAGGAACCUGGAAAGUUUUCGAUGCGUUCGUUCAGCUUCAAUGUAAGAGACAAUUAGCACUGAUACUAUUAAUGUAAUGUUAAGCGUGCCAAAGAAAUAUGCAAUUAUUUGUAUAUGUAACUGAAUAAAACUAUAUAAUACUGCC